AUGGGAUUGAAUGGAGUUUUUGUUGUUCGUUUUCGAACGGUGGAGGGUAGGAAGUUGGCCAUGAAAGCUGGACCUAUUUUGUAUGAUCAUAAACCGGUGAUUAUGAAGGAAUGGUCUGCAGAUUUAGACCUAUUGAAGGAGACAGUGACUUUGGUGCCUACUUGGAUCCGGUUGCCUACAUUACCUCUCAAGUACUGGGGUCAGGUGGCUCUCAAUAAGAUUGCUAGCUUAAUAGGUAAACCUAUUAGAUCUGACAGAGCUACGACUCAAAAGGACUUACUGGAGUAUGCUAGAGUGCUGGUUGAGGUUAACAUUAGUAAACCUAUGCCAGAUGAAGUGUGGUUUACUAAUGAAAAGAGUAUCAAAGUAAGCAAGAGGGUUGUAUAUGACUGUAAACCAAUACAAUGUGAGGAUUGUAAGGGUAUUGGGCAUACAGGGGAGCAAUGCAGGCAAAAGAAAUAUGAGCUAGCUCUGAAAAAAGUGAAACCUAGUAAGCAAUGGGUGGUGAAGAAGAAGGUUGUUCCACUUGAAACUGCAGGAGGGGCAAGCAUAUCUGGUCCUAGAGGUGAAGAUAUUGUUAUAUUGGACAAUGUUGAGGAACCAGGGGACAUGGUUGCUAUUUCAGCUGUAGAAGGGGAAGCUGGAGGUGGUGUGCAGAAAUACAAGCUGAAGAUCAGGAGUAAGUCCCUCAACAGCAAGGGGAAGGACAGAUUGAUAAUCCAGGGAAUGUAA